AUGUCGUUUGCAAGUGAUCUAGUGAAGCUAUAUCCCUCUGGACUAUUCGAUCCGACAAGAUUCUACUGCCAGAAGCUGGACCUUACAGUGGUACACCGACAAGUAGCCGAAAAGGAGGAAAUAGCAUUGCUAAGUGGGGGAAUGUGGCCAAUUUUCACACUUAGAGGAGGUGUGCAUGAUAUACAAGAUGCUAAAGCAGCGAAUAGGUUUGUUUAUACAGAGAUUGAAUCUCAUUUUCCGCAAAUACGUAUUGAAAAGAGGCCAUCAACGCACAUUCACAGUAUUUCGAACGCUAAUGGACCGCAUUGGGUUUACAUUGCAAAUAGAUUUAGAGAUUUGCAAGGCAAGUGUCUUGGCUCAUUCCACGAGGGGAGUCACUCAGAUAGGCGAAAUCCGUAUAUAGUGCUUAGCCAGUGUGUGGAAGAGCGCAAAUCGUUGAAUAACGUUGAUCUCGUUAUCUUCUGUGUUCUUUUGCUUGAGAAGCAGCUACGUAAUCGAAUCAAGAAGAGUAAUAGGAAGUAUAAGCAAUUGGUUAGGCGGUAUGGUCCAUUCCAAAAUGAUGUUUAG